AUGUUCCUCCCGCUCCGUCGCCUCCUCCGCCGCUCCCUCUCCACCGCCGCCUCGCGCCCCUCCUGGGCGAUGAUCUACCGCAUCUCCUCGGCGGAGGAGUCCGCGCAAAGCGCGUCCCUUUCGCUCGCCCCGCCCCCGCUCGCCUCCCGCGUCUCCAUCCCCAGGCAGGCCUUCGGUCUGGACCCCCGUCCGCCCAGCGCCGACGACAACUUCAUCAACGUCUUCGGCAGCGGCGUCCUCGCCGCGAGCGGCGACGGCCUCCUCCUGCUCGGCACCUACAGGAACCGCGCAAGCGCCUUUGCCCUAUUCAAGCACCAGGUCCCGUCCCCCGUCCCUUUCGAGGUGUUCGACCAGGUGUACGCCCGCUCCUUCUACGACCCGAUGCGGCUCGCGCGCUUCGUCUGCAACCCCGUCACCGGCGAGAUGGUCCGCCUCCCGGACUUCGACGGCACGGAGAACGCCUUCUCCGCCGCCACGGGCCUCCUCACCCAGGCCGACGGCGGGGGGCGCGGACCGCCCAAGAGGUACGCCGCCGCGCAGCUCAGCCUGCUCGACGGCGGCCGGCAAUUCCUGCUGCGCCGGCUCUCCUCGGAGACAGGGGAGUGGGACGAGCUGGUGCUGCCGUCCCCUCUGCCGCCUGGGCGCCGGAUGCACAUGAAUCACGAGGUGCUGGAUUUCGGAGGCCGCCUCUGGUGGGUGGACGUGAGCUGGGGCGCAGUCUGCGUCGACCCGUUCAGCGACCGGCCUGAGCUCUGCCCCGCCGAGCUGCCAGCAGGCAUCAUGAUUCCCGACCAACAGGGCGAGGAGGAGAUGAGGCAGCUUGUCAAGCACCGGCGCAUGGGGGUAAGCGACGGGGCGCUGCGGUUUGUGGAGGUUUCUCAGGAGGAGCCGUUCCGCAUUAAAUCCUUCACCCUGGACGACGACGAGAGUGGCCGCUGGAUGCUGGAGCAUCAGGUGUCGUGGAGAACUCUCUGUUCCGAAUCCAGGGCCAUGCCUCUGCUUGCUGCUAUUGAUCCACUCAGUGCCGACAUGCUGUAUCUCAAUGUGCCCGUGGGCAAAGGAUUCUGUGUUAGCGCAGACAUCCGCUGGAAGAGGCCGGUUGAGUCUAUGGCGCUAGGUAGUGGCAUUCAUCCAAGCAAGUGCGAGUCAAGCUUCGUUCUGCCAUGUGUGCUCCCCUCAUUUCUCGGAUCAUGCCCGAUUCCAGGCAAGAAUGACGUCCGAAAAAACAAGACUCUGGCAGAUGUUCUGGUUCGUUCAGACAGACACCCAAAGACCUGAAGGGUACCUGUUUAUCAGCUAAUGAAUCUCUGGAUUCAAAUCUUCUGAUCAGGUAGGAAGCUGACUGUGCUAGUUUAGCGUACUGUCAUUUUGGAGAAUGUUUGGAGAAGUUUAUGUUUGCUGGAGUUAGCUGAUGAACUUAUCAUGUAAGUUUUUGGCGAAUCUGUGGGAAUUUCUGCCUGACUGUCAGUCCAUGCUAGAAUGUUCAAUUGGAAUCAGUCUAUUCAAUCAGCAUGCAAUGAUCUUCAGAG